AUGCCCGAGGAGGACGAGUACAGCGAGGAAGAAGACGAGGCGGACGAGGCGUCGACAGACAACCCGUUGAUCAGCGCACGCCCGAAGCCCGACUGUGCGGAUUCCAUCCAUCCACCCCCGCCGUACACUCCCAUCGCACCGGGCUUACCAGACGCGCACGACUUCGUGCCUCGGUGCCCCAUCAUCCGCCCACCCGUGCGGCGGACGGUGCCCUCUGAGCGGAGCAUCAUCCACAUUCUGUACCCUUUCGAAGCCCGCUUUCAUCCGCACGGAGGCGACGCUCUCCCGACCCCCGACCCCUCCACCAACGCGCACGCGAGCGCGUCGCAUCCGACGCAUGCUUCUUGCCCGUUCACGACCCCUAUUCUCGUAGACGUGCCACGCAGCGCCGCCCGCCCCUCGUCCAGUCCCACCUCCGACUCAUCCUGCGACUCAGACACGGAGAAUUCGACCCAGGAUUAUGCGGGCCAGGAGUCAGCCACGGCCGACCCGCCACCCUACACCCGGUUCGACCUCACCCUCGCCCCACCAAUGCGCCCGCAGAUCCAUAGCUCCGUCGACGCAUCUGCGCAGCGUGCUAGCUGCAGUAGGCCGCGCGGGGAAACUUUGGAGGUCCAGCAGGCAGGUCCGAGGGUCGAUACCCAGUUGGGACACAAGUCGCCGGCGGAGUCUUUCGAGUCCGCGUACCAGCGCUAUAAUUCAAUAGACGUCCACACGCCCACGCCCACGCCCACGCCCACGCCCACGUCCGCACCGCACCGCGAUCUUCCGCGCCACGAAGCCGCGUUCCCUCAGACAACUCCAUACAAGGGCAGGGCGAUCCGAUGGCGAGACAGAAGCACCCGCAGAACCCAAUAUACAACACGUCACUUUGUCGCGCGUGGCACCCCCCAUCAAAGUUCCGUCACCGACCGACCGACGGACAGGGGAGCGAAGGCGUCACGGGGACGGCACGGACGCGGCUCGGCGAGCUUGGGGAAGCCACGACGCGCGAGAGAAUCGAGCAGAGCGGCGCGGAACGCCAACAAGGCGAGCGAGCGAGCGACAGAAAAGUCUCAGUCGGCCAUGAGACGAGACACGACGCAGCGUGGCCCGCGGGGGGUGCCCGGACGCGCGCGCACUUCGACGCCGCUCGGCUAUAAUUAUCGUCUACGUUUCGUAUUCGGUGCGCAGAACCAGACGGCAGCUGUCGGAUGUCGGGGCUCGGAGGCUCUUCGCGAUUUCCAAGGCGCGAAUACGUUUAGCAAAAACGAGAGUGUGCUCGAAAGAAAGAAAGAAAGAAAGAAGAAACGGCCGAGGCUGGACGCGACUCGGCGAGUCGCCGCGAGCGAAAAGACACCGGCACGGCUACAAGCGCACCACACCACGUCGAAGGCCGCGACACCGCCACCAACCCUGCCCGCCCGACAACGCGACAGCGCGACAACACGACAACUCUACGAGACGCCCGUCACGCGCGCAGCCAGCCUCGCCCUGGGUCGACCCGACCCGAUCUGCGCACGCGCGCGCGCUCAUUGGCCAUUAGAGCGGGGGCGCGCUGGGCCGCCCGAGCCGAACGCGCACACGCAUCGCGAUGCUGGCCAACGCCCGCACCGCCCGCGCGAAAUCGACCAUUCAGUCUAUUCUCGUCUCGGGGCUCGGGGCUCGGGGCUCGGGACUCGGGGCUCGGGGCUCGGAUCUCGAAUCUCGGGGGAUCCUCGCAAUUCGCGGUUCGCGCGCAGCAGGCGCCAGCGCCAGCGCGAGCGCGAGAAGCGGCGGCGGCACCCAGAAGGCCAGACCUCGGAGAGCGUGUGCUCGCGCGGAAUGAAGCACGGGGACGCGGACGCUGGCGCGUGCGCGCGGAGAGCCGGCAGGGCGCGGGCGGCGGGUCGGAAUAGCGGGAUGGGGCUGGUCAGGGCACGGCGGUGGUGGUGGUAG